AUGUCCACUCCGGCAAAGCGAAGGCUGAUGAAGGACUUAAAAAGAGUAAGGAGAAACUCGUUUAAGACGAUAUUUGCAGAGCCUUUGGAGGACGAUUUAAUGACGUGGGUGGCAGUGAUCUUCGGCCCGGAAUCGACGCUCUUUGAGGGAGGGACAUUCAGCCUGGUUCUAGCAUUCCCAGAGACAUAUCCCCAGGAUCCUCCAAACGUAAGAUUUGUCUCAGAAAUGUUCCAUCCAAACAUUUACCCCAAUGGAGAGCUCUGCCUGGACAUCCUGAAUAAUAGAUGGAGCCCAAGCUAUGAUGUAAUGGGGGUCUUGAUAUCCAUACAGUCCCUGCUCAACGAUCCAAACACAGCGUCUCCUGCCAAUACAGAGGCAGCAGCCUUAUUUUCAUCCAAUCCGGCCCUAUAUGCCGAAAAGGUGAAGAAUUCAGUUAUGAAGAGCUGGGUGGAUGUCGAGAACCUUAGAGACAAAUAUAGAAAUAACUAG